UUACCCUUCACUUUCUAGAUUUCAUUUUUUUUUUCCAAUUUUGUUCCUGUUAAAACUCUCUCUCUCUCCCUCUGCUCCGUCGAGAGACACCCCCUCCUCCCUCUCCCUCUCUGGAUCGAAUUCCCCACCAGAAAAAAAACCUAAGAAAAUCCUCAAAAUCUAUCAUAUUUUCUGGUUUUAAUUCUUCAUCUUUACUUGGAAAAUAAGAAAGGAAAAGGAAAAGCUUCGUUUUUUCUUGCUCUGUAUCUCGAGGAUUCGAUACCAAGAGACUGUCGGUUGCGUUCUGGGAGAAACCAAUUUAGGGUUUUACUUCUUUAAUUUCCAUUCAAUUAUCGUCUUCUCCUUCUUCUUCAGGUUCUUUUCUCUUCAAUUACGUAUCUUGAUUGAUCUGUCUAUUCGUUUUUUAUAUUCUAUUUAUCGCAAACCCUAAUUAAUUAGGAAAAAAAAAGAAAAAAAACUUUGACUGGUUGUAUAGAUAAAACAUCGUCGUAUCCAUUGGUUAUUGUUUUUUUUUUACCUACAACAAGAAACUCUUUGAAAUUUUUGGUUGCGUUGUUUUAGUUUGCUAUCCGGAAUCGAGGAUUUUCUUGUUGGGUCCCUUUUUCUUAAUCCUCUUCUUUCUAUCUUUGAUUUUUUUUGUUUGAUUAGAUUUUUUUUUGCCUUUUUGGGGUUGCUAAGAAUAUCUUGUUAACAUACACAAGAAAAAAAAUUGGGAUUCGGUUAGCGUAGAAUGGCGUUGAAUUUUUCGCAUAGACCCCUCUUUCCUCGUCUAUCUGAGGAUAAUUUGGUUUCACCGAUGAGGAUUUCGAUACAGGAGAAAGUGGAGGAUUGUUUUGAUUAUGGAAGGGAUAGGAGUGGCUCACAGGAGUCUGUGCAUAAGGAUAUUCUUGAUCUUUUGCCUUCCGAUCCCUUUGGCAUGGAUAUAAGUACGACAUUUACUGCUGUUACGGGGUGGCUUGAGGAUCUGGAGGUGGAUUAUGGUGGUUAUGGUAGGGAUCGGGUUUCCACGAGAGAUGGAAAUUACCAGUUGUUUGCUGACUUGAAUUUUAUUUGCAAUAAUGCCAUGUGGUUUCAACAAUUUCCUGGGAACAUGGGGUUCGAUUUAUCUAACGUAGUGGGUGGGUAUGGUGAUGAGCGUUCGGAGGCGAAUGAAGUUGGGAAUGCACCUCAUCAAGAGGCUCCUGGAUCAGAUUGUGACAUGGAGGAUGUUUUGAGUCCGGGGAAUGAAAUCAUAGACAAUGAAACUGUUGGGGUUGUGGAUGAGAGCAGUGGAGAAUUCCAAAAUGGUCAUUUGGUUUGCUCUGAGGGAGAUAAAGAAGCUCCUCAUGCAGCUUUUGCUUUUGCUCUUGGUUAUCUGGGUGUGCGGGAUCUUCUUGUUGUUGAAACUGUUUGCCGAUCCCUGCGUUCCACUGUUCAAAGUGACCCGCUUUUAUGGAGGAGUAUCCACAUAGAUCAACCAUUGAAUGAGAAGAUCACUGAUGAUGUUCUUUUGCAGUUAACUAAUAGGGCUCAAGGCAACUUGCAAUGUUUGAGCCUAGUGGAGUGUCCAAGGAUUACUGAUGACGGGUUGAAGCAUGUGCUCGAAAAUAAUCCAAGGCUGACCAAGUUGAGUGUACCUGCAUGUACAAGACUCAGCAUCGAGGGCAUUGUAACUAGCUUAAAGGCAUUCAAAGCUACGGGGACUCAUGGGGUGAAGCACUUGCGCAUUGGUGGGCUCUAUGGUGUGACACAGAAGCAUUUUGAAGAGUUAAUGUUCUUGUUGGGCCCAGAUAGCCACAUCCAACAGAAUGCUCACAAGCCACAUUUUUAUCACAGAGGAAAUCUUUAUCUGUCAUGUGAGGAUGAUCGUGCAAUUGAUAUUGAAAUGUGCCCAAGAUGCCAGAACCUGAGGCUAAUUUAUGAUUGCCCUGUAGAGGGUUGCCAGGGAAAAGAGCAUCCCUCUCAGGCUUGCAGGGCUUGCAGCCUUUGCAUUGCACGAUGUGUUCAGUGUGGCCGGUGUAUUAAUGACAGUGAAUAUGAGGAAACAUUUUGUCUGGAGUUGCUUUGUUCAGAUUGUUGGAAACAGCUGCUGAAAUGCUAAGAGAUGCAGGAUAGGAAGAUUGGCCCCCUCAAGUCUCUUGAGCUCCAUAAAUCUUACUGCAGUCUUCGUGUUCAUUGCUAGAGACAGAUAAGCCUGCUUAUGUGUUCUGUUUACUAGUUCAGAAUCAGUGAUCAUCCAAGAAGAAAAUAUGAGGCAGCCUUCAAGUUGGCGAGCCUCUCUGGUGCAGCUGUUAGACUUCAAGUUGGGAUAGGUUCAUUUGGAGUCAAGUAUAUGCGAAUUUAUUUUAUUUUGUGGAAAAGGAGAUGCAACAAAAAAAAGUGAAACAGAAACCGAAAAGAGAACAGAUAGCAACGGAUUUUGAGUGGUUGAUUAGUUCUCCAUGCACUGUUGGCAGCCAAGUAUCACUCUUGUCCGUGGUUUUUUUUUUUUAUCAUACCUAGUAAGAGAGGAUCAGUUUCACCUCUGUGUGUUGUUCAGAGCUGGCAUAUGUACCUGCAUGGAAGUUGGGGUGUGGCACAUUAAGCGCUCUCAGGGUUAUGUAUAUUUCUUUGAUGAUUGAAAUUGUGGUGUCUGUCAUUGUUCCUAAUAAACUUUUAUAUUGUCCCCAUCAGAGCAACCGCUGGAUUUUUCAUUAUCUGUGAAUCUCAGCGUAUAUCAGUGAUCUCUCUGUCGCCAGAAUAGAGUGAUCAGUUUUCCUGCUGUGCACGAUUUCAUAUGAUGCUGAUCUCUGUCUAACCGUUAUUGGUACAUGGUGUGCAGUUUCAGAACAUGCCUUUUUUUGGCAAGCGCUGUCAGCUUUGGACUGCGGGACCAUGGGAUGAUCUGCUGCUUUUGUUACUGGUAGAUUGCUAGUUUGAUAUGUGAUCUUAUUCUUGGCUCCUAGCUUGCUUUCCUUGUAGAAUCUAUUUUUCCCAACCAUGGUGGAUAUGUAUUAACUUUGAUAUUAUGGAAUUGUAUUUUAGUGCUUCCAUUGAAAGAUUUUAUGGGCCCAAUAGUGGGUGCCGAACUGUCUCCUCACCUUUUCAAUUAUGAAAAGAAAAGAAUAUGCGUUUCUA